AUGAGUGGCCUCCCGAAGGUAUUACCCCGAACAACCAAGGAGUGGGAAGGGUUUGUUGCGGCGAAGAGUCUCACUAACAAGACGAUCCACGGGGCUGACCUUGCCUCUGCCUCCAACAUCGGAUAUGAGCAGUUUCUGCUUUUCCGGGUUUUGUGGAGGACGUACAGCGGUCUAAAGCAAUUCGAUACUAUGUUUGGGAUGAAGAAAUGGAUAUCGCGCGCGGGGAGAAUGCUCGCGGGCCUCAGGUCCUGGAAGAUAUAUUGCGAUAGCUUCGGGGCUCCCUAUGUGCCGGAAGGAACCUUCGCCAUUGCCCGCCAUUAUCAGAUGGAGGUUUUGAAAACUCGAGAAGACGUGAACCCCAUAGCCUUCUCUACGCCUGUGGCGCAUCGAACUCGCAGUAAGAUGCAGCGACUGAACGCGCGGUCAGCCGACCUCCAACUAGAGACUCCUUCGAAAAAGUCUGUCAAAUUGUUCCAUACACCGUCUCUACUAGGAUCUCCCGAUGACCCUUUCACUUUGAGUGAUGAUGAAAGCCCUGAUGACCCAAGCCCAUUCAAGCUCAUCAGUCCAGUUCCCAAAGGAUUGGAGAAUGUGCUGUAUCCGCCGUCCAAGGAUGAACAAAUUGUGAAUACGGCGCUUGUGGUAUUUCUUAAUGCUCUUACUAUCCACUUCAAGUUGUCAAGCAAUUGGACCUUACAUCGAAUGGCUUUUAUCGCAAGAUUUGAAGCAGCCCAAUUCGAAGCAAGGACAGAUGGCUAUCUAGACACUGGCCAUGGAAAGCCCAGUCCUGUGAAAAGGUCGAUGAAAAUGGUUCCAAUUCAAAUGCAGGAGAGUGCCCAGAUGGUUGCUUGGAUUAAGAGUGAGAGUGACUUGGAACAAGGGCGUGAUAAGAUGCGUGUUCAUGUGUCCCAGGAUCGACAUGAAAUAUACGUGACCGUUGCCGAAUCCAAUGCCGAGUACCUGGCCUAUUUGAAUGACAAGGAGCCUUGCGGCAAUCCUCCAUCAUUUUUGACCAUGCAUCAAUUCGGCCCUUGGGAUACUCAAAAAUCCUCGCAUAUGCAGCAUCUGGGGCCCGUUCUUUUAGCUCUCACGUUGCGAGCCGAGGCUGAGAGCAAGGCAGGUCGGGACAAGAGUUAA